AUCUCUAUCAACACAUGGUGUAAGUGCACUUCUUCAGCUAAACACUUGGUGGCAGCAGCGGACUGUUCAACUGCAGCUAACCAUAAUAAUAAACAAAGAAGAAAACCAGCGACCCUACCCGGAAGUCUAUUCCAGCCGUAUUUAUUUCCUCUUUCAUUUAUAACACACCUGACAAAACCCUUAUUUUUUUUGGAGUUGGUGUUUUAUUAUGGAUGGUGUUUGAGACUUAAGGAGGUGUUUGCUAAUUUUACGUGUGGCGGUUGGCGGGUAUCUGGAGCCAUGGAGGUACCCCAGUGUGGUUGACGUUGUCUCCGGAAUUGAUGCACCAUGAUCCCGGUGCCUUUGCUGGUGUGUGUGAUGGCAGCCUGGUGUGCUGUCUACCUCGCAGACACACUACUGAAGUCGUCGUCCACACAUCGGAUCAGCUAUGAGUCCUGGCUGGCCAGGCGAGGUCUGAUGCUGUCUCCUUUCCACGUGAGGUGGCAGACGAGCAUGUUUAACUGGCUGUUUGCGUACUGUGCCCGCAUACAGCCGCGUGCGCUCUACCUGUGGUUCAACAGUGGUCUGGUGUUCGGGCUGGUGUCCAUGCUGGCGUCGGUGGUGCUGCUGGCGAAAACGUUGCAGCAGACCCUCGCUCAGAUGACCACCAGCAACCCUCGCAUUGGCGCUCAGCAGACACUGCAGGUGGUGGUACGUACACACACACACACAAGCACACACGCACAAGCUGGACGCCGUGUCAUCUUUCUCCUCUCGCAGGUGCCCGGCGUCAAUCUACCGGUCGGUCAUCUGGGCUACUUCUUCCUCGCCCUGCUGCUCAGCGGCGUCAUACACGAGCUGGGCCACGCGGUGGCAGCACUGAGGGAGCAAGUACGAGUGAAUGGCUUCGGCAUGUUUGUGUUCGUGGUCUAUCCCGGCGCCUUCGUGGACCUCUUCACUACACACCUGAACAUCGUGUCGCCCAUACAGCAGCUUCGCAUCUUCUGUGCAGGAGUGUGGCACAACUUUGUGUUGUGCUUGGCGGCGUUGGCGUUCCUCUUCCUGUUGCCGCUGUUCCUCUUCCCUUUGUACACGAGCGGCGUGGGGGCGCUGGUCACCGAGGUUGCACCGGGCUCAGCUGCUGACGGACAGCGGGGUCUCUCCGUGGGGGACAUCAUAACGGGCUUGGAGCAAUGUACUGUCAGCGGGGUGGACGACUGGAACAGCUGCCUGUCUCACCUCUCCCACACGCCGCAAACGGGAUACUGCGUCCCCGCUGCCAGCUUGCAGCCCAGCUGGGCCCACGGACGAGCGUUCAAGCGCUUGGAUGGGACAAUGGACUGCUGCAGCAACAACAGCCUGACGGACCUCUGCUUCUCCUACAUCAAACCUUUGAGCCGCGAGAGAGAGUACGCCUGCAUGCCGGUGCGUAAGAUGGUGACGGGCACCAACGUGUGUCGCAGCGACCGCGACUGCGACGCUCUCGCCAGCCUCAGCGUUUGCGUCACGCCCUCCUUGGAGAACCAGACGCGCUUCAUCCGGGUCACGCACUCUCUUGCCCCACACAUGCUGUUUGUGGGGUACCCGCCACAUCUUCAGCACGCCGUGAGUCUCACCAACUUUGUGCCGCGCUUUGGUUUCCUCCACUUAGACAUUCCUGUCUUCUUGGAGACAUUCUGCAAAUAUGUGUUUUCCCUCUCGGGCGCCUUGGCGGUGGUCAACUCUGUGCCGUGCUUCGCUCUGGAUGGUCAGUGGAUGCUCAGCGCCUUGCUGGAGGCCACACUGGUCACCGUGGUGACAGACCGCCAGAAGCGCGAGCUCAUCGGCUUCUUCCUGCUCCUCGGCGGCAGCGCCCUGCUGGCCGCCAACGUGGCACUGGGCCUGUGGAUGGUCACGGCGCGGUAGCCAACCAGCCAUGACGGUCAAAUAACCAAAAACUCGGGACGCGAGCCUGAGGACCACUAAACUGUGAAGAGACGACAUUACCCAGUAGCCCUCAGGUUUGCUUUUUUACUCUAGUGCAACCUCACAGGGCAACAAAGAUCAAGAGAAGCACAAAUGCUGUAUGUAAGGAUGUGAACUAUGUCUCAUUUAAGGUAUUUCAUUACCUCCGCCAAGCUUAAUCAUAACCGUCCAAUGAAAAGCAAUUAUCGCCAAUUUUCUUUUUGUGCUAAAAUACAAAACAAGUUUGUUGGAUAAUAUUUUUUUUACAUUUGUUAAGUUUUCAUGUGGAUUUAUGUUGGAUAUAUAUUGCUUCUAUUUAUUUUCAACAGGAAACCAUGUUUGAUUAAUCAUAAAUAAUGUAAAAAAUUAAUAAACCAUGGCUAAAAAGUUAAAAAUUAAAAAUAAUAUACCGCCAUCUCUCACUCACGUCGCACUUCAAAGUUUGCGGCGUCACUCUCUAAAUUAAGCAUUUUCCAGCAUAAAAAUGUUGACAUGAACUAAAAAUGUCAAAGCAAUCAGAGUGCACUGUUCAGUAUCAUUGCCACUGAUUGGCUGAGCUUCAGGCAGUAUUACAGUACCACAUUGGAUUAAAGGAGUGUAAAGGUGAUUAUGUGGUUGUUACUUCCUUCUCAUAAUGUUAUAACCCAUUUUUAGAAAGUAGUGAACAGGUUUUUAUGUUCCAGCUGUAAGAAUAUUUGAGUCAUGCGUAAAACUCCAACAAUUUAAUUUUUUGUGCUAAAGUUUGUCUGUCAGCAAACCAACUUAAAUUAAAAAAUUUAUGAUAUUUAA